AGAGACUGGGACUGUAAGAAGCCGGCAUCUUCUGUCAGCGGUGACACCUUCCGGAGCCCACAGUGUUAAAUAUGGCCGAGAAGUUCAAGGUGGAAAGCCCACAUGUGCGAUAUUUAAAGGAUGUAAUAGAAGCUGAUUACAACUAUGAUACAACACAAGUCUAUGAGGAGAAAGGUGUUACUAAGGUCAAACCAUGUUCCACCAAGUUUACUUUCCAUACAGAAAGAAAGGUUCCCAAACUUGGUGUCAUGUUGGUUGGCUGGGGUGGAAAUAAUGGAACCACUGUCACUGCAGCUGUAAUAGCCAAUCAGCUGGGGCUUUCGUGGAUGACCAAAACAGGAAAAAAGGUUGCAAAUUAUUAUGGCUCGCUGUUUCAAUCAUCCACUGUGUGUCUGGGCACUGGCCCUGCCGGGGAAGUUUUUGUGCCUUUCAGAGACCUUCUCCCCAUGGUUAAUCCCAACGAUAUAGUCUUUGAUGGUUGGGAUAUCUCAUCUUUAAACCUGGCCGAUGCCAUGUUUAGGGCAGAGGUUUUAGACUGGCAGCUCCAGGAACAGCUGAGACCUUAUAUGGAGAAGAUGAAGCCAAGGCCAUCAAUCUAUAUCCCAGAAUUUAUUGCAGCCAAUCAGGAAGACCGAGCCAACCACAUCAUCCAUGGAACAAAAGCUGAGCAGGUACAGAAAAUUCGGGAGGAUAUACAGGACUUUAAGAAGACCAGUGAAGUAGACAAAGUUAUUGUACUAUGGACAGCAAACACAGAACGUUUUUGUGACAUUAUUCCUGGCGUGAAUGAUACAGCUGAUAAUCUACUGAAAGCUAUUGAGAAUGGUCUUGAAGUGUCUCCAUCCACAAUGUUUGCAGUAGCCAGCAUCCUGGAGGACUGUGCCUAUAUCAAUGGAUCUCCUCAAAACACAUUUGUCCCAGGGGCUAUUGAAUUGGCCAUCCGACAUAAUGUGUUUAUUGGUGGUGACGACUUUAAGUCUGGGCAGACCAAGAUAAAAUCUGUUCUGAUGGAUUUCCUAGUCAACGCUGGUCUCAAGCCUGUCUCUAUUGUAAGCUAUAACCAUCUGGGGAAUAAUGAUGGGAAAAAUCUCUCAGCACCCCAACAGUUUCGAUCAAAAGAAAUAUCAAAAAGCAACGUGGUGGAUGAUAUGGUGGAGUCUAACCCUAUUCUGUAUGGGCCUAAUGAGAAACCAGACCACUGUGUGGUGAUCAAAUAUGUCCCCUAUGUGGGAGAUAGUAAAAGGGCAAUGGAUGAGUACACGUCAGAAAUAAUGAUGGGGGGAACCAACACUAUUGUUCUUCAUAAUACAUGUGAGGACUCUUUGCUAGCAAGCCCAAUUAUCCUGGACCUAGUCCUUCUUACUGAGCUCUGCCAGAGAAUUACCUUCCGCACUGAGACAGACCAAGAAUUCCAGACCUUCCACAGCGUACUUUCCAUUCUGAGCUUCCUCUGCAAGGCUCCUCUUGUUCCUCAGGGGACUCCAGUGGUCAAUGCGCUUUUCAGGCAGAGGAACUGCAUUGAGAACAUCCUAAGGGCUUGCUUGGGUCUUUCUCCUCAAAACCACAUGAUGCUGGAGCACAAGAUGCAAAGAAGUUUUGUCAGCCUCAAAAGGCCAAGCACCGUGUGUAGCCCUUACCCUAUUUCUAUUAAAAAGGGGAAUACUGUUGUCAAUGGUUUCCAUCCUCCGAGUAUCAGCAAUGGCCUUAGCCACUCCAAUGGACUGGGAAAGACCAUGAUCAGCAGUGACAUUGAGAUUGAGAAUUAGCGGAGAUGCUGACACUACUCUAUCUUACCUUUUUAGAAUGGACUGGACCUUUUUUGGGAAUAUAACUUAGAAACCUCGAACUGACAUUACAGCUACUGACCGCACUGGUAGUGCUUUCUUUUUUAGAACUUGUUAGCUGUGUGCUGUGUUUUUGAGAUGUUCCCAGGCUGAAGUUCCUGAUCUGUGUUGUCUGAUUACCAACCACCACUUGUCCAGCUCAAUAAAAUGAACUUCAGACAGC